GGCCUGAGGUUUCAGUGAGGGGAGCAACAGGCUGGCUGGUGGCAAGGGGGCAAGGGCUGCAGACAGAAAGAGGGGGGGAGAGAUUAAAAAUACCAACAACAAAUCAACAAGCAGCUGAGGAGAGAAAGGAAGUGGACGUUAGAGGGAGGCUGAGAUCGAAACUGUGCAGCUGCUGCAGGUGGAGAUCUGUCACCUCUGAACCACUGGAGGAGACACGCCGAGCGUUGAGACUCUGACAGAGAAGAGGACAGCCAUGUUUUCAGUCAGACCAGAGAUUCAGCCGUAAAAGACAAGAGGCGGUCGCCCCCCUCCAACAGAUCCCCCACCGGCCCUCAACGCAACCCUCACCACAGCGGCUCCACAGACGAACAGGAGAGCCCCGAGAGAGUGGUGCAGAAGGAGAAGCUUCAUGCAGAACUGAAACAGGUGCUGAGUCAGAAGAGAAGUCACCUGAGAGAGUCCACCUGCCAACUGGCCCAACCAGAGAUGGACCCGGAUCCCACAGAGGAACAGACAAGCGGGGAUGAGGCCUCCAGCUCCAUGCUCAUCGUGGUGGAGACGCAGGCGGAGGCCGGCGCCAGCGGCUACAGCGUGACUGGCGGAGGAGAGCGAGGGAUCUUUAUCAAAGACGUCCUCAAAGACUCUCCAGCGGCCAAACAUCUCAGUCUGCAACAAGGGGACCAGCUGCUGAGCGCCAAGGUCUACUUCGACAACGUCAAGUACGAAGAUGCGCUGAAGAUCCUUCAGUGUGCGGAGCCGUACAAGGUCAGCUUCCAACUGCAGAGGACCAUCCCCGGGGCAGAGGUCAGCGUGCGGCCUCGAGUUCCCAGUGUGGAGGUCAAAGGUCCCAAAGCCAAGAUGGCCAAAAUGAGUGUAAAGGGCACCAAGCCGUUCAAGGCCAAGAAGAAAAGAGGCGGUCGCUUUGGUCUGAAGAGGCUGAAAGAGAAGCGCAGGGAGGAGCUGGUGAUAGAGGGAACGCCCCCCCGGCUGGAGAUGAGCGAUGUGGACGUGGAGUUCUCUCUCCCCAAAUUCAAACAGAGGAGGAGUGUGAAGGUGGAGGCAGAAGGAGCAGCAGCCGGAGCCAAGGCAAAGAGGAGGAUCAGGUUUCCUCGUAUGAAAUCAAAGGGAGGAAAAGUGGAAACAGGACAGAUUGAGGGACAUGCGAAUAUUUCUCCGUCUGAGUUGCCUGGAGCCAAAGUGAAAACCAAAGAAAAGGGACACAAAUUUGGAAUCGCCUUUCCAAAGAGCAAACACACAAAGGAUUCUGGAUCUGUGGAGCUGAAGCCGCCGGGUGUGAACAUCCAGGCACCAGCAGUGGACUUCAGCUUGUCUGGUAAUAGAGACAUGGACGGGGAGAGGGGAGCGCUCAAGUUUAAUGUGCCGGACGUGGAGUUUGCUCCCUCUUCGGCUGAGGCAUCUUUGCCCACUGGGAAGGGAAAAGCAGAUAUCAAAGCUCCAAAAAUCAACAUCAAGGGAGGAACGGAUGCAGCUGAAGGAAAAGGAGAUGCAAAGCUCAGAUUGCCAAAGUUGAAAUUACCCAAAGUUAGACUCUCACGUCAUUCAGAUGAAGUAGAUGGUGACAUCAAGAUAAAAGCUGGAGGGGUGAAAAUGCCCAGUGUUGACGUAACACCUCCAAAAGUAGGAAUCAGAGGAGGUGGGGGGAUUGUUCUCCCUGAAGCCAAGUUGGAGGGUGACCUCUCAGGAAAAGCUGCAUCUAUUCAAAUUCCUUCUGUUGACAUUUCUUUACCGAAAGUGAAGGGAAAGUCCGACAUUGACGUCUCACUCCCAGAGUAUAAAGGAGCUGGGAAGACCACAAUCAAAAUGCCAACCCUUGACAUCUCAAUGCCUGAUGCUGAGUUGGAAUUGGACACCGGACGGAGAAUACCUGAUGAGGUGGAGGGCACUUUCAAAGGGCCCAAAAUCUCCAUGCCAAAGGUUGAUAUCUCAUUACCUAAGAUGGGAUCACCUGAUGUGGAUAUGGAAUGUCCAGAGGGUGGAGGGAAAUUCAAUUUACCUUCUGUUGACAUCUCUCCACCAAAGGUGCAAAUGGAGGGUGGAGAUGUGGAUAUGGACUAUUUUGUUGGUGGUGAUGGGAAGUUCAAAAUGCCUAGUUUUGACUUAUCUCUCCCAAAUAUUAAGUCACCAGAAGGAGAUGUAAAUAUAAAAGGACAAAAGCUGGAAGGAGGCUACAAGUUGCCCAAAGUAGACUUGACCCUUCCCAAAGGCAAAGCCGGAACAACUAAUAUUGAAGGAGAAGGAAAAUUUAAUAUACCAUCAUUAGACAUAUCUCUCCCUAAAGUGAAGACAGGGGAGUUGGACGUCAACAUUGUUGGCCCUGAAGUGAAAGGACAUAAAUUUGGAUUGGUCACACCUGAUGUUGAUGUGUCUCUGCCUAAAGGCAACAUUUCUGGAGACGUAAAAGUCGAAGGACAUGUUGACAAGGGAGGAAAAUUCAAAAUGCCCACCUUCGAUGUUUCUGUGCCCAAACUGAAACAACCAGAGGGUCACAUGAACAUAGAGGGGCCCGGAUACGAGGGUGGACAUAAGAUCCAGAUGCCCUCUGUUGAUAUAUCUCUGCCGAAAGGAAAGAUGGGGGGUGACAUUGAAAUAGAGGGUCCAUCUACUAGAGGAGGGAAAUUCAAAAUGCCCUCACUUGAUGUCAGACUCCCUAAGAUGGGGACAUCUGGAGCUGAGGUUGACUUGCAAGGACCUACGAUUAAAGGGGGGGGGAUUGAGGCACCGUCAGUGGACAUUUCUUUACCGAAAGGUAAAUCCAAGGGUGAGGUUGACUUAGACGGAAAGGGAGGCAAGUUUAAAAUGCCUUCGUUUAAUGUAGAUCUUCCAAAAAUGAAAUUCCCUGAGGGCGAGGUGGUUUUGCAGGGACCUAAAGUUAAAGGUGGAAAGAUAAACAUGCCCACUGUUGAUAUCUCAGUCCCCCAAGGAAACCUAGAGGGAGGUGGGAACAUUGAUGGUGGUGAAUUCAAAGGAGGCAAACUUAGCAUGCCCUCUGUGGACAUUUCUCUCCCAAAAACGAAGCUACCCGAAGGAGAAGUAAAGCUAGAAGGCCCCGAACUUCCAAAUGUUGACUUGUCACUUCCCAAGGCAAACGUAGAGGGCAACAUGGAGCUUCAGGGCGGCGGUGGUGGCGGAGCCAAGUUUAAGAUGCCGACUUUCGACAUCUCACUCCCAAAGAUAAAAACAAAAGGAGAGGUUGACAUUGAAGGGUCUGAAGUCAAAGGGGGAGCAAAGUUCAACAUGCCAUCACUGGACAUCGCUCUUCCUGCCAUGAAGUCACCACAGGGGGAGGUGAAAGUCCAAGGUCCUGAAUUUAAAGGAGGAAAUAUCCAGAUGCCUUCUCUUGAUGUGUCACUACCCAAGAUCAAGUCACAGGGAGGUGACAUUGACAUCGAAGGUCCACAGUUUAAGGUUAAGUCACCAGAGGCAGAUUUAGACCUAAAGGGGACUGAGAUUAAAGGUAAGAUAGAUAUGGAAAUACCUUCGGGAAAAGGAGGCAAAUUUAAGAUGCCUUCAUUUGAUAUGUCUCUACCAAAGGGGAAGUUGCCUGAGGGAAAUAUUGGCCUUGAGGGACCCUCAGUUGAUAUCUCCAUCCCAAAAGGAAAAGCAGUGGGUGACAUUAAAACUAAAGGUAAAGAAGGACAUUUUCAAAUGCCCUCAAUUGAUGUUUCUCUUCCUAAAAUAAAAUCAAAGCGAGGUGAAAUCAACAUUGAGGGUCCAGAACUCAAACGUGGGGAAAUUAAAAUGCCAACUAUUGACAUUUCACCCCCUCAAGGAACAUUUGAAGGUGACAUCAAUGUCAAAGGUGAAGGAAAAGGUGGCAAGUUCAACCUGCCGUCUGUAGAUGUCUCCCUACCUGCAGUAAAAUUCCCUGAGGGUGAUGUGAAUUUUCAAGGUCCAAAAGUAAAAGGUGGGAAAUUUGAAAUGCCAAAAAUCAACAUAGAGCUUCCCAAAGGUAAAGCACAGGGAGAUAUUGAUAUUGACAUUCACUCUGGAAAAGAUGGUAAUAUUGAAAUACCAUCCUGUGCUGUUGGAUUUCCUAAAGGAAAUGUCACAGGUGACAUACAUUUUGAAGGUCCUGGAGGGAAAGGGGGGAAGAUGAAGAUGCCAAAAUUUGAUAUUUCAUUACCAAAAGUAAAUUUUCCUGAGAGUGAUGUAAAAUUCAAAGGGCCGGACACCAAGGGCAGAAAGAUUGAGAUGCCAGACAUUGAUAUUACUCUUCCAAAAGGAAAAGCUGAAAGUGACAUAAAGGUUGAAGGCCCUGAGAUGAAAGGGGGAAAAUUCAAAAUGCCAAAAUUUGGUGUUUCUUCACCAAAAGUGAGUCUUCCAAAGGUUGAUGCCAAUGUGGCAGGACCAGACAUGAAAGGAAAAAUUGAAAUGCCAACAGUUGAUAUCUCACUUCCAAAGGGAAAGCUGGAUGUGGAUAUUGACAGUGAUGGGCACAGUGGUAAAGGAGGCAAGUUUCACAUGCCCUCAGUCGAUAUCUCUCUUCCUAAAAUCAAAGCAAAGGGAGUCGAUAUUCAAGGACCUGAAGUCAAAGGUGACAUUUCACUCCCUCAAAUUAAGUCUCCAGAGGUAGAUAUCAGUCUUGAGGGUCCUGAUGUUAAAGGAGGGAAGUUUAACAUGCCAACUGUUGACAUUACACUCCCUAAAGGAAAAGUCAAGGGUGACUUUGGUGUCGAGGGCCCUGAGGUGAAGGGUGGCAAGUUUAAAAUGCCAAAAUUUGAUGUGUCUCUACCAAAGGUUAGUCUCCCAGAAGGAGAUGUCAAAAUAAAAGGCCCAGACAUGAAGGGAGGGAAGAUUGAGAUGCCAGACAUUGAUAUUUCACUCCCCAAAGGAAAAGCAGAAGGAGAAAUUGAUAUUGGAGGACAUGCUGGUAAAGGAGGCAAGUUCCAUAUGCCCUCUAUUGAUAUCUCUCUUCCUAAAAUGAAAGCUAAGGGACCAGAGGUCAACAUAGAAGGUCCUGAACUUAAAGGGGGAAAGAUGCACAUGCCAGACAUCGACCUUUCACUUCCUACAGGAAAAGUUGAUGCUGACCUCAGCCUUGAGGGCCCUGAGGUAAAAGGAGGCAAAUUGAAAAUGCCCAAAUUUAAUGUUUCACUUCCAAAGAUGACUCUGCCAGAGGGUAGUGCCAAACUGGAAGGACCUGAUGUUAAAGGGAAGUUUGAAAUGCCAAACAUUGAUGUUUCACUUCCUAAAGGAAAAGUAAAGGGAGAGGUUGACAUUGAGGGAGAUGGUGACAAAGGGGGCAAGUUUCACAUGCCCUCAAUUAAUAUCUCUCUUCCUAAAAUAAAAUCAAAGGGAGCUGGUGUUGAUAUUGAGGGACCUGAACUUAAAGGAGACAUUUCAUUUCCAGAAGGGAAAGUUGAGGGUGACUUAAACGUUGAAGGCCCUAAGAUAAAAGGGGGAGAAAUCAAUGUUGAAAGCCCUGAAGUGAAGGGUGGCAAGUUUAAAUUGCCAAGAUUUGAUGUGUCUUUACCAAAAGUGAGUCUCCCAGAAGGUGAUGUCAAAGUAAAAGGCCCAGACAUCAAGGGAGGGAAGAUUAAGAUGCCAGACAUAGAUAUUUCACUCCCCAAAGGAAAAGCUGAAGGUGACAUAAAUGUUGAAGGCCCUGAGAUGAAAGGGGGCAAAUUCAAAAUGCCAAAAUUUGGUGUUUCUUUACCAAAAGUGAGUCUUCCAAAGGUCGAUGCCAAUGUGGCAGGACCAGACAUGAAAGGAAAAAUUGAAAUGCCAACAGUUGAUAUCUCACUUCCAAAGGGAAAGCUGGAUGUGGAUAUUGACAGUGAUGGGCACAGUGGCAAAGGAGGCAAGUUUCACAUGCCCUCAGUCGAUAUCUCUCUUCCUAAAAUCAAAGCAAAGGGAGUCGAUAUUCAAGGACCUGAAGUCAAAGGUGACAUUUCACUCCCUCAAAUUAAGUCUCCAGAGGUAGAUAUCAGUCUUGAGGGUCCUGAUGUUAAAGGAGGGAAGUUUAACUUGCCAACUGUUGACAUUACACUCCCUAAAGGAAAAGUUGAGGGUGACUUUGGUGUCGAGGGCCCUGAGGUGAAGGGUGGCAAGUUUAAAAUGCCAAAAUUUGAUGUGUCUCUACCAAAAGUUAGUCUCCCAGAAGGAGAUGUCAAAAUAAAAGGCCCAGACAUGAAGGGAGGGAAGAUUGAGAUGCCAGACAUUGAUAUUUCACUCCCCAAAGGAAAAGCAGAAGGAGAAAUUGAUAUUGGAGGACAUGCUGGUAAAGGAGGCAAGUUCCAUAUGCCCUCUAUUGAUAUCUCUCUUCCUAAAAUGAAAGCUAAGGGACCAGAGGUCAACAUAGAAGGUCCUGAACUUAAAGGGGGAAAGCUGCACAUGCCAGACAUCGACCUUUCACUUCCUAAAGGAAGUGUCAAACUGGAAGGACCUGAGAUAAAAGGAGGAAAGAUGCCAGCAAUACCAGCUGUUGACAUAUCUGUUCCAGUGGGUAACGUGGAAGGAGAUUUCAACAUUCAAGGACCAUCUGGAAAGGGAAAGAUUGAAGGACCAAAAAUAAAUCUCCCAAAGUUUGAUUUUGACCUCAGCCUCCCUUCUGGUUUGAAAGACAUUAGCCUUAAAAUGGACACCAGUAGUCCUGAUGCAUCAGGAGAUAUGGACAUUAAACCAGCCAAGUUGAAGGUUAAGGGUGCAGACAUCGAGACAGGUGCAGCACUAAAACUUCCCUCAGUCAAAUUACCAACAGUUGACAUCAAAGCUCCAAAGGUGGAUUUAGACUUUGGUCUUAAAAAACCGAAAGGGGAUGAUGUGGAAGUGGAGCUUCUGAAAGCAGAGGGAGGAAGGCCUUCUUCAGGGAUCAGCUUCGAUUUACCUGAUGUCUCCCUCAAAAUCCCCAGUUUUUCUUUUCCCAAGUUUGGUGCAAAGUCCAAGAGUGGUGAAUUAGAGAUAUCAGGGAAAGGCCCUAAGGCAGAUGUUUCCCUCGGCCCACCACAUGUGGAAGGAGAGAUAAGAGCACCAUCAGUAGACUUUGAUGGGGAUGGAAAAGUCAAGGUGAAAAAAUCUAAAAUCAAAAUGCCCAAAUUUGGAAUAUCCAAAAAAGAUACAGAUGUUUCUGUGUCUUGUCCUGAUGUGGAUGUUAAAGUUAAAAAAGGGAAAAUCGAUAUUCCAAAACCAGAAAUCAAAUUUGAGAGCCCAGAUGAUAAAUCAAAAUACAAAGUAAAAUUCCCGAAGUUUAAAAUAUCGCCACCAAAGGGUCAACUGCCAGUGGGAGAAGUUGAUGCAAAACUGGAGGCAGAAGUUGAAGGAAAAGGCGGCUUCCAUGCACCUGAUGUCACUAUCAAAUUACCCAAAUUCUCCAUGCCAGGAUUUGGCUCAAGGGAAAAAGAUUUGGGGAAGCCACAAGGUGACAUUGGAGCUAAGGCCAAGGUCAAGAUGCCCUCCAUUGAGCUGUCGCUACCAGCAGCUAAAACUCCAGAGACUGAGGUUCUUCUCCCCAAAGCAGAAGUUGAUGUUACAGAGGCUGAUAUCAAAGGUUAUGAGGGAAACCUUAAAAUUCCCAAAAUGCCAAUUAUUAACGUUUCUAUUCCAAAAAUAGACCUGGAUCUAUCCCUGCCAAAAGGAAAGUCCCAAAAGAUCGAAGGACCAGAAGUAGAAUUAAAAGCAGGUGAAGGAAAGUUCAAAAUGCCUCACAUAACAAUGCCAGAUGUUGACCUCUCUCUGCCCAAAGGAAAGAUUGAAGGUCCAGAGGUGGAGCUCAAAGGAGAGGGUGGAAAGUUCAAAAUGCCCCAUCUCAGCAUGCCCUCUGUUGAUAUUUCACUUCCCAAAGGGAAGAUUGAAGGUCCAGAAGUUGAACUGGAGGGAGGUACCGGAGGAAGGUUCAAAAUGCCUCAUAUGAAAAUGCCAAAUAUUGACCUCUCUCUCCCCAAAGGAAAGAUUGGAGGUCCAGAAGUUGAAAUGGAGGGAGGUACUGGAGGAAGGUUCAAAAUGCCUCAUAUGAAAAUGCCAAAUAUUGACCUCUCUCUGCCCAAAGGAAAGAUUGAAGGUCCAGAAGUUGAACUGGAGGGAGGUACCGGAGGAAAGUUCAAAAUGCCCCAUUUCAGCAUGCCCUCUGUUGAUAUUUCACUUCCCAAAGGAAAGAUUGAAGGUCCAGAAGUUGAACUGGAGGGAGGUACCGGAGGAAGGUUCAAAAUGCCUCAUAUGAAAAUGCCAAAUAUUGACCUCUCUCUGCCCAAAGGAAAGAUUGAAGGUCCAGAAGUUGAACUGGAGGGAGGUACCGGAGGAAGGUUCAAAAUGCCUCAUGUGAAAAUGCCAAAUAUUGACCUCUCUCUCCCCAAAGGAAAGAUUGAAGGUCCAGAAGUUGAAAUGGAGGGAGGUACCGGAGGAAAGUUCAAAAUGCCUCAUAUGAAAAUGCCAAAUGUUGACCUCUCUCUGCCUAAAGGAAAGAUUGAAGGUCCAGAAGUUGAAAUGGAAGGAGGUACCGGAGGAAAAUUCAAGAUGCCCCAUUUCAGCAUGCCCUCUGUUGAUAUUUCACUUCCCAAAGGAAAGAUUGAAGGUCCAGAAGUUGAACUGGAGGGUAACGGAGGAAAGUUCAAAAUGCCUCAUUUGAAAAUGCCAAAUAUUGACCUCUCUCUGCCCAAAGGAAAGAUUGAAGGUCCAGAAGUUGAAAUGCAGGGAGGUACCGGAGGAAAAUUCAAGAUGCCCCAUUUCAGCAUGCCCUCUGUUGAUAUUUCACUUCCCAAAGGAAAGAUUGAAGGUCCAGAAGUUGAACUGGAGGGAGGUACUGGAGGAAGGUUCAAAAUGCCUCAUAUGAAAAUGCCAAAUAUUGACCUCUCUCUGCCCAAAGGAAAGAUUGAAGGUCCAGAAGUUGAAAUGGAGGGAGGUACCGGAGGAAAAUUCAAGAUGCCCCAUUUCAGCAUGCCCUCUGUUGAUAUUUCACUUCCCAAAGGAAAGAUUGAAGGUCCAGAAGUUGAACUGGAGGGAGGUACCGGAGGAAAGUUCAAAAUGCCUCAUAUGAAAAUGCCAAAUAUUGACCUCUCUCUGCCCAAAGGAAAGAUUGAAGGUCCAGAAGUUGAAAUGGAGGGAGGUACCGGAGGAAAAUUCAAGAUGCCCCAUUUCAGCAUGCCCUCUGUUGAUAUUUCACUUCCCAAAGGAAAGAUUGAAGGUCCAGAAGUUGAACUGGAGGGAGGUACUGGAGGAAAGUUCAAAAUGCCUCAUAUGAAAAUGCCAAAUAUUGACCUCUCUCUGCCCAAAGGAAAGAUUGAAGGUCCAGAAGUUGAACUGGAGGGAGGUACCGGAGGAAGGUUCAAGAUGCCUCAUAUGAAAAUGCCAAAUAUUGAUCUCUCUCUGCCCAAAGGAAAGAUUGAAGGUCCAGAAGUUGAAAUGGAAGGAGGUACCGGAGGAAAAUUCAAGAUGCCCCAUUUCAGCAUGCCCUCUGUUGAUAUUUCACUUCCCAAAGGAAAGAUUGAAGGUCCAGAAGUUGAACUGGAGGGAGGUACUGGAGGAAAGUUCAAAAUGCCUCAUAUGAAAAUGCCAAAUAUUGACCUCUCUCUGCCCAAAGGAAAGAUUGAAGGUCCAGAAGUUGAACUGGAGGGAGGUACCGGAGGAAAAUUCAAAAUGCCUCAUAUGAAAAUGCCAAAUAUUGACCUCUCUCUGCCCAAAGGAAAGAUUGAAGGUCCAGAAGUUGAACUGGAGGGAGGUACUGGAGGAAAAUUCAAAAUGCCUCAUUUCAGCAUGCCCUCUGUUGAUAUUUCACUUCCCAAAGGAAAGAUUGAAGGUCCAGAAGUUGAAAUGGAGGGAGGUACCGGAGGAAAGUUCAAAAUGCCUCAUAUGAAAAUGCCAAAUAUUGAUCUCUCUCUGCCUAAAGGAAAGAUUGAAGGUCCAGAAGUUGAACUGGAGGGAGGUACUGGAGGAAGGUUCAAGAUGCCUCAUAUGAAAAUGCCAAAUAUUGACCUCUCUCUGCCCAAAGGAAAGAUUGAAGGUCCAGAAGUUGAACUGGAGGGAGGUACCGGAGGAAAAUUCAAGAUGCCCCAUUUCAGCAUGCCCUCUGUUGAUAUUUCACUCCCCAAAGGAAAGAUUGAAGGUCCAGAAGUUGAACUGGAGGGAGGUACCGGAGGAAAGUUCAAAAUGCCUCAUAUGAAAAUGCCAAAUAUUGAUCUCUCUCUGCCUAAAGGAAAGAUUGAAGGUCCAGAAGUUGAACUGGAGGGAGGUACCGGAGGAAAGUUCAAGAUACCUCAUAUGAAAAUGCCAAAUAUUGACCUCUCUCUGCCCAAAGGAAAGAUUGAAGGUCCAGAAGUUGAACUGGAGGGAGGUACCGGAGGAAAGUUCAAAAUGCCCCAUUUCAGCAUGCCCUCUGUUGAUAUUUCACUUCCCAAAGGAAAGAUUGAAGGUCCAGAAGUUGAACUGGAGGGAGGUACCGGAGGAAGGUUCAAAAUGCCUCAUAUGAAAAUGCCAAAUAUUGAUCUCUCUCUGCCUAAAGGAAAGAUUGAAGGUCCAGAAGUUGAACUGGAGGGAGGUACCGGAGGAAAGUUCAAGAUGCCUCAUUUCAGCAUGCCCUCUGUUGAUAUUUCACUUCCCAAAGGAAAGAUUGAAGGUCCAGAAGUUGAACUGGAGGGAGGUACCGGAGGAAAGUUCAAAAUGCCUCAUUUGAAAAUGCCAAAUAUUGACCUCUCUCUGCCUAAAGGAAAGAUUGAAGGUCCAGAGGUGGAGCUGAAAGGAGAUGGUGGAAAAUUCAAGAUGCCCCAUCUCAGCAUGCCUUCUGUUGAUAUUUCACUUCCCAAAGGAAAGAUUGAAGGUCCAGAAGUUGAACUGGAGGGAGGUACCGGAGGAAAAUUCAAGAUGCCCCAUUUCAGCAUGCCCUCUGUUGAUAUUUCACUCCCCAAAGGAAAGAUUGAAGGUCCAGAAGUUGAACUGGAGGGAGGUACUGGAGGAAAGUUCAAAAUGCCUCAUAUGAAAAUGCCAAAUAUUGACCUCUCUCUGCCCAAAGGAAAGAUUGAAGGUCCAGAAGUUGAACUGGAGGGAGGUACCGGAGGAAAAUUCAAAAUGCCUCAUAUGAAAAUGCCAAAUAUUGAUCUCUCUCUGCCUAAAGGAAAGAUUGAAGGUCCAGAGGUGGAGCUGAAAGGAGAUGGUGGAAAAUUCAAGAUGCCCCAUCUCAGCAUGCCCUCUGUUGAUAUUUCACUUCCCAAAGGAAAGAUUGAAGGUCCAGAAGUUGAAAUGCAGGGAGGUACUGGAGGAAAGUUCAAAAUGCCUCAUAUGAAAAUGCCAAAUGUUGACCUCUCUCUGCCUAAAGGAAAGAUUCAAGGCCCAGAGGUGGAGCUCAAAGGGGAGGGUGGAAGAUUCAAGAUGCCUCAUAUGAAAAUGCCAGAUGUUAAUAUCUCACCUCCCAAAGGAGAGAUUGAAGGUCCAGAAGUUGGGUUUGAGGGAGGUACUGGAGGAGGAAAAUUCAAAAUGCCUCAUUUGAAAAUGCCCUCAGUUGAUAUUUCACUGCCCAAAGGAAAAAUUGGCAAAAUUGAAGGGGCAGAGCUGGACAUAGGGGUAGAUGGAGACAAAUCUAAAAUGCAACAAGUGUCAAUGCCCUCAGUUGACAUUUCAGUGCCAAAAGAAAAGACUGAAGGCCCCAAAGUUGGGAUGAACUUACCAACUGUUGAGGCAGGAGGGAAAAUUAAAUUACCACCAGUCUCGUCGAUAGAUGUAGAAAUUGGUGCGAACUCUAGUAAAACUAAAAAAGACACGGGGGAAGUGGAUUUGCAUGUUGAAGGAGAGCACAAAGGUCUGAAACUCAAAAUGCCAACAAUAGAUAUCAAAAUUCCAAAAGGAGACUUAGAGCUUGAUAUAGGACUCCAUAGAGGAGGGGAUAAAACGGACAGGAAGAAAGUUGAACUACCUGACCUGGACCUCAACACAGCAGGAACCAGCAGCAAAGUAAAAGGGCCUAAAGUCAAAGGAUCAAAAUUCAAGAUUGGAAAGACAAAAAAGAAAACUGGCAAAGAUCUGACAGAAACGGUCAAAGAAGGAUUUGAGUGCGAAGUUGAAGUUGAAACUCACAAUGGACAUAAAGAGGGCAAAGAUCGUAUUAACAUCUCCGUGCCAGAGGUUACAGUUCCAGGUGUUAGUAUGAAAACCGGACAAGGUUCAGCCAACCUAGAAACAGGGGGAGCAGUUGAACUGUCAUCACCGAGUGCAGAAAUCAAAGUCCCCAGGAUUCCAAACAUAGAUUUUGAUAUUGGUACAUCACAAGAUGAAGAUGUUGAUAAAACAGAAAAAGGAAAGAAAAUCAAAAUCCCAAAGUUUGGUGUCGCAUUACCCUCCAUCUCCUCUCCUGAGAGAAGACUCUAUGGGCCAGAAAUUCAGUAUGAGGGCCCUAAAAUGCCCAAAGUAAAGAAAGCUGUUUUUGUCUUGGUAAAUCCUUCCCCAACAGAUGAACCUACUCCAUGCACAGGGCUCCUGCAGGGGGCGACAACAGCCGAGAUCGAUACAGAGGACGUCAAAGUGAAGUUACCCAAAAUCAAAAUGAAGCCAACCUUUGGGAAGACAAAAGAUAAAUCAGCCGCUGCGAGCACAGAGAGAGAAGGGGGGAGAGAGGAGAAGUCAAAGGGAGGGAAGGUAAAAAUGUCUAAAGUGUCAUUUUCUCCUGGAAAAUCGGGGUCAUUUGAUGUCAAUCUCAAGGGAGACGGUUCAAGUUCAAGUCUCAAUGGUGAAGACGCUGCAAGUCCUCACAAGGACGACAAAGGGACAUUCACUGGUAAAAUCAAACUCCCAAAGGUGGUGUUCACCAGUCCAUACAGCAAGAUGGCUGCUGGGGCGGGAGACACUGAAACGAGUGGGAAACUAGGAAAGGAGUUUUCAAAGGAUGUGGUGUCAUCUCAUGCCAGAACAGAAAUGCUGGACAGGGACAGCUCGGAGUCCCCUGGUGGCUCGGCCGCGGAGUUCAGCUCGACAAAGGUCCGUGUUUGGAGUGAGGUGGACAGUAAAAGUGCAGAGUCUGAAGAAAGAGAGUCUUCCUCCUGGUUCAAGGUCCCAAAGUUCACCCUGAAGCCGCACUCCAAAGGCUUCCUUCGGAUAACCCCCGAGGGUUCUCCUCAGGCCAUGAGGAAGGGGGAGGUGGGAGGUGAGGCCGACGUCUUGGGAUCCUUCUGCCUCAACACCUCAGGGCUGGACUUCACCACCCUGGAAAGCUCAGAAGAGCACCAAGUGUCCUCCACCGAGUCGGAAACUCUCACCACGGUCACCAAGACCACCCGAGUCACCCAGUGUUUGGUUUCCACGGAAACACGAACAGGUGAAUCCUCGACAACCGUGACGACAACCGAGCAGGAGUCAGACUUUAAACACUGAGGACGCUGUAAUGAUUUCUUCGACGUCUUUUCAAUUGUUUUGUUUUUCUUUGGUGAGGUUGCAGUGUUCUCGUUAAGCUCCGCCUGCAACGUGGCAAACCUCUCUUAAAGAAAAGUUUUUACAUUAUAUUUGAAUAGGUUAAGUAUGAAUGUGAUGAAAAGCAAUGACAUUUCAUCAACCAGCAAUACUGUUACUAUUAUAUCAUAUAUACUUCCUUUUUUUUUCAUUUUAAAUGUGGCUGUUAUUUUGUUUUGUUCAGUUAGUUUAGUCCUGAUUAUUAUUGGAUUUCGUUUGGUUUUAAAAGGUUUCACUCUGAAUGUAAACAUGUCAGAUUGCUUCUUUAUUUAUUGUUGUUUGUGUGUUCACAAAAACGCUGGAAUGAGUCAUUGACUUACAUCAGCUUCAUGGAUUUGACCGUGAUUUUAUGAUUAGUUCAAAGUAAUUCAUUUUGAGCCACGACAGUACAGGCCAGAGUAAUAUUUAUGUAAAUAUGACUUUAUUUAAAUUGCUUUUUUGAAGCGGUAGCCCUUCAAUCUGAAAUGUAAUUAUUUUCAUAUUCACCAGAGUCAGGAGUGGAAGUUAUAUUUUUUUUGACCUGAUAACAUAUUUUGUUUGUCUUGAAGGAAAAGUGUGAGCUUUUUGGGAUCAUGGCUUGUUCUCAUUUUCUGCCAUAGUUUUUAUAUUUGAUUCAUUUAGCUGGUGCUGUUACCCAGAGAUAGUCACAGUGAGUGGGCAGGACACUCUGCGCUCUAUCUGCUGUGGGGAUCGAACCUGUGACCGCCUGGUUGAAGGUUGCUCUCUGACAUUUAAGCCAACCUGCUGCUAAUCUAUUUUAUGUAUUUACUGUACACUGCCAGAUAAAGACACCACUGUAUAUUAAAGAUACACCUCCUGAGUGAUGUUGAUGUUUUGAUGACAGCAGACUGGGAGGAUAUUUCGGGUUCUAUGGGUAAAUGCUAUUGUAAAGGUAAAAAUAUAUAUCUAAAAUAAACCUCUAAAAAUGAUAUCACUAAGGCUGCUACAAUGACACACAGGCUAAGGAGUGGCGAGCCUUCUGCUUUUUACAAAGGCCAUCACCUAACAAAGUAAAUCUAUAGACAGAAGAGAGAGGAUCAAGUUCCUUUACCCCUUAUUCUUCAGGUGUAUCCUCCAUUUACAAUAAAAGUUGCUUUGAGGGAGAAAAUGUUGUCUUUUGAAUAUUUAUUACAUAUUUAAAGUUUCACUCGCAAAUGCAGUACAACUUACCUUUGAAAAGUAUAAAUUGUACACGUUACUUAUUUAGACAUUUACUUGCAAAAGGUUGCAAAUAUCUGAUGAAUAAAAACUACUAUUCAAGAGUUUGAGAAUGAAGACUUUAUCACUUGGUUUAUUUACUCGGUUGGUAGAAGGAAUGAAAUCGUGUGAUAAAAGAAGUCCUGACGAAUCCACUCCCACAUUUUUUUACAUUAACAUUUAACUCUGUCCCUGUUUUGCAGAGUUUAGUGACACGUGGAGGUGACGCACACCGAGUAGCUUCUGUGUCUAUGAAGAUUUUACAUUUUCUGGUUUAAUCAAGUCUUCACAUUUCUUCUAGAUUAUAACGGGUUUCAGUGCCAAGUGUUUUUGUCAAAGCUGCAUUGGAAAGAAUGUUGGUUAAGAUGUUUCAUCAAUAAAAUAAUAUUCACUCGA